AUCAAACAUAACCUCUUGUAUUUUUUGCUACAAACGGUAUAGUGUAUAUAACUUAGUAGCGGAUAGGAUACUCUCUGCAAAUUACGAAGAUGCCUUUCUGUUGUUAUGUUAGGCUAUCGAUUGAUGAACUGAUUAUGCAUGAAAAUAUUUUAGGAAUCAUACGGAAUUUCCCUUUUUUGGGAUAGUGCCAUCUAUUUUUUUCUUUUGAGUGGUAAAGAAAAAAAGAUAAAAGUACCCCUUUUUUCAGGUUUUCGUUUUUUCUCUUUCUUUCUUUAAUGCGGCUGUCGAUUAGGAAUUUCUAGCUAUGAAUGUAGUUAUGAAAACCGAUGACCACAGAACAGUGACGACAGCCGGUACUUUGCCCCAAAGUGGCGCCAUCAGACAUGGGUCACGGACGGGACGCCAUUGCUGUGAAGCGCGGGUAAAGAUGUGUUACAUGUGCUUCAUGCCGUGUAGUCCUUGGCCCCCUCUGCAGUUGUGCCGCUUGUAAAAGCGUGAUGAGUUCAGUCUGAGAUAAUACUCUGCUGUCCGCCUCCCUCGCUGUCAAGCCAGGUUUUCGCCCUGGGGGAGAUUGAGCCACCUUGUGUGGGGACUAAGAGCUUGACAACCCUUUGUAUCCUUUUUAUAUGUAUAGAAAAAUAAAGUAGAUAGUAAUAGUAGUAAUUAGUAAAUACGUUAAUAAAUCAAAUCUUCUUUCAAAUAAAGUAUUUAAAACCAUGUCUGCAAAAAACGCCUGUCUUUUAUUGUGCAUUUAAGUUGA